AGAUGGAGUUGCAAGAUUUUCAAGCAAAGUUAGCUUAAUUAGUAGCUAGUUCUGAAAACAGUAAAGCUCACCCUCUCUGUUUGAAUGCAAACUUCAAUUUCAGAGAGAGAGAGAGAGAGAGAGAGAGAGAGAGAAACUGAGAGAAAGAGGAGGUCUAUAUAAUUAUAUGAAUAUAUAAAUGAAGAGAAAAAGAGAAAUGGAAUCCUCAGAAAUAAGAUCCGCCAUUGAAGAGCUAUCCAAGUUGGCUAAGCUUAAACCUGGUUGUGACGAUAAUCACGACGAUGCCCUUCACAUCCCCACCAUGAUUUUCAUUUCAGUUUGCAACUUUGUUCUUCAAGUUCUUGACAAGAUUGGGCCAACAAUGGCUGUUCUGAGACAAGACAUUCAUCAGAAUAUUCAGAGAGUGGAAUUGGUUCGUGAAUCCGAUCCUUCAAAGUUUUCUAAUUUGGUUGAGAUUUUGAAGAAAGAAGCCAUUGAAGGCAAUUCAAGGAAAACCAGCAGCUGCAGUAGAGCCUUGGUUUGGCUCACCAGAUCCUUGGAUUUUACUGUGGCAUUAUUACAAAAGUUGACAAAAGGGUCUGGGCAGAAAAUGGAGAAAAUAGUAGAAGACUGUUACAACAUCACUUUGAAGCCAUGGCAUGGAUGGAUUUCAUUAACUGCUGUUAAGGUGGCUCUAAAACUAGUGCCUGAUCAGAAAACGUUGAUGGAUUACCUAAUGGCAAAAGAUGGAAACUUGGACACCCUGAAAGAGGAAAUGCAGACCUUUGUGACUCUGCUUGCCCCUUUUUUAGAAAACAUCCAUUCUACUUUGAGAUCGUAUCGAGUGGAUAGGCUGAAGUCUACUUAAAGAUGUAUUAUCAAUUAAGAAAGCAAACAGUGGGAUGUUUCUUUUUCUGUCUUUUUUUUUUUUU